CCCGCCACCGCCACCGCCGCCCCGGGACCGGCCCCGGGACCGCCGGCCGCGCCCGCCCCGCCCGGUACCGCGCCGCCGCCACCGCCGCCGGCCCAACCAUGAUGAAGUUUCGGUUCCGGCGGCAGGGUGCCGACCCGCACCGCGACCGCCUCCGCCACGACCUCUUCGCCUUCAGCAAGACGGUGGAGCACGGCUUCCCCAGCCAGCCCAGCGCCCUGGCCUACGACCCCGUCCUGCGUGUGAUGGCCAUCGGCACCAAGGCGGGAGCCGUCAAGCUCUAUGGCGCACCGGGUGUGGAGCUGACAGGCCUGCACAAGGAGACGGCCACUGUCACCCAGCUGCACUUCCUUCCCGGCCAGGGCUGGCUCCUCUCGCUACUGGACGACAACACGCUGCACCUGUGGGAGGUGUGCCAGAAGGAGGGCUGCUCCCACCUGGAAGAGACCCGCAGCUUCGGCCUCCCGGGACGCCCAGGGUCCGGCAGCGCUAACUGCUCCCCUGGCAUCACACGGGUGACCGUGGUCCUGCCGAUGGCUGCUGGUGCCAUGGUCUGCCUGGGCACUGAGGGUGGUGCCGUGUACUUUGUCACCCUGCCCACCCUGACGCUGCUGGAAGACAAAACUCUCUUCCCAGAUGAGAUCCUGCAGAGUGUCCCCGAUGAUUACCGCUGCGGGAAGGCGCUGGGGCCCGUGGAGUCCAUCCAGGAGCACCCACGCAUUGGCAGCCGGCUCCUCAUCGGCUACAGCCGGGGGCUGGUGGUCCUGUGGGAGCAGAGCACUCGUGUUGUCCAGCAUCUCUUCCUGGGGAACCAGCAGCUGGAGAGCCUGGCCUGGGAGCAGGGCGGGAGCAGCAUCGUCAGCUCCCACAGCGACGGCGGCUACAUGGUGUGGGCAGUGAGCGGCACCGGCCAGAGGAGCCAGCAGCCCGUCAUGUCCACCAUCCCCUAUGGGCCGUUCCCUUGCAAAGCCAUCAGCAAAAUCCUCUGGCGAACCUGCGAGUCGGGGAACCCCUUCAUCAUCUUCAGUGGGGGGAUGCCACGGGCCAGCUACGGUGACAGGCACUGUGUCAGCGUGCUGCAGGGCCAGACCCUGGCCACGCUCGACUUCACCUCCCGUGUCAUUGACUUCUUCACCGUGCAGAGCGCAGAGGUGCCUGAGGGAGGCUUUGAGAACCCCCGAGCCCUCGUGGUGCUGGUGGAGGAGGAGCUGGUGGCCAUCGACCUGCAGACGCCGGGCUGGCCCACCAUCCCUGCCCCAUACCUGGCACCUCUCCACUCCUCUGCCAUCACCUGCUCCUGCCACGUCUCCAACGUGCCCCUCAAGCUUUGGGAGAGGAUCGUCAGUGUGGGCGAGCAGCAGAGCCCCCGGCAAUCCUCUGCGGCUUGGCCCAUUGAUGGGGGAAAGAACCUGGCCCAGGAGCCCACACAGAGGGGGCUUCUCCUCACUGGGCACGAGGACGGCACGGUGCGGUUCUGGGACGCCUCGGGGGUCUCCCUGAAGCCCCUCUACAAGCUGGGCACGGCCAACAUCUUCCAGACAGACUGUGAGCACAACGACAGCCUCAACCAGGCGGGCGAGGAGGAGUGGCCUCCGUUCCGCAAGGUGGGCUGCUUUGAUCCCUACAGCGAUGACCCGCGCCUGGGCGUGCAGAAGAUCGCGCUCUGCAAGUACACGGCCAAGAUGGUGGUGGCUGGCACGGCGGGGCAGGUGCUGGUGAUGGAGCUGAGCGAUGAGAAGUCAGAGCACGCGGUCAGCGUGGCCACCGUGGACCUGCUGCAGGACCGUGAGGGCUUCACCUGGAAAGGCCACGACCGGCUGGCCCCCCAGAACGGGCCCCUCCUCUUCCCCCCUGGCUUCCAGCCCAGCGUGCUGGUGCAGUGCGUGCCCCCCGCCGCCGUCACCGCCGUCACCCUCCACUCCGAGUGGAACCUCGUGGCCUUCGGCACCAGCCACGGCUUUGGGCUCUUCGACUACUACCGGCGCAACCCCGUGCUGGCCAGGUGUACGCUGCACCCCAACGACUCGCUGGCCAUGGAGGGGCCCCUGUCCCGCGUGAAGUCCCUCAAGAAGUCCCUGCGCCAGUCCUUCCGCCGCAUCCGCAAGAGCCGCGUGUCGGGCAAGAAGAGGCUCAACGCCAGCAGCCCCUCCAGCAAGGUGCAGGAGGCCAACGCGCAGCUGGCGGAGCAGGCGGGUCCCCCCGAGGUGGAGAUGACGCCGGUGCAGCGGCGGAUCGAGCCUCGCUCGGCCGAUGAUUCGCUUUCAGGGGUCGUGCGGUGCCUCUACUUCGCCGACACCUUCCUCCGUGAUGCCGCCCACCACGGCCCCACGAUGUGGGCAGGGACCAAUUCUGGGUCGGUGUUCGCCUACGCCCUGGAGGUGCCGUCGCAGGAGAAGUUCUCGGAGCGGGCGGUGGAGGCGGUGCUGGGGAAGGAGAUCCAGCUGAUGCACCGGGCACCGGUGGUGGCCAUUGCAGUGCUGGACGGGCGGGGGAACCCCCUGCCCGAGCCCUACGAGGUGUCUCGGGACCUGGCCAAGGCCCCCGACAUGCAGGGCAGCCACUCCAUGCUCAUCUCCUCCGAGGAACAGUUCAAGGUGUUUACGCUGCCCAAAGUGAGUGCCAAGACCAAGUUCAAGCUGACAGCACACGAGGGCUGCCGGGUGCGGAAGGUGGCUCUGGUGAGCCUGGCCAGCGCUGGCUCCGAGGAGCGGCUGGAAAACUGCCUGGCGUGUCUCACCAACCUGGGGGACAUCCACAUCUUCACCGUGCCCAGCCUGCGGCCCCAGGUCCACUACAGCUGCAUCCGUAAGGAGGACAUCAGUGGCAUUGCCUCCUGUGUCUUCACCAAGCACGGCCAAGGUUUCUACCUAAUUUCACCAUCGGAGUUUGAGCGCUUCUCGCUGAGCGCCAGGAAUGUGACGGAGCCACUGUGCCGGCUGGAGAUCGCCCGGCUCCAGGACACCUCCUGCCUCAGCAACAGCUCAGCGGUGACACCGAAGCUGCCACAGGCGAACGGCACCCACGUCCCACGCGGCUCCGAGGGCCAGCCCUCCCCCUCGGACAGUGACCGGUCCCCUGAGGAGCACCCGGCCGCCUUCUCGCCCGGCCCCAUCGACUCCCCGAACAGCAGCAUGGAGAACCCGCUGGACACCACUGGGGACAUCACCGUGGAGGAAGUGAAGGAUUUCCUGGCAUCCUCGGAGGAAGCGGAGCAGAACCUGAGGAACGCCAGCGAGGACGAGGCCCGGCCCACGGGGAUCCUCAUCAAGUGAGGCAUCGCCGGCCUCCCUGACCCAUCUCAGUGCUCGGAUUCCCGGGAUGCGCGACUCGACUGGACCCCCGUGCCCCCUCCCCACGUAACGUAGACUCGUCUCCUCUCUAACAUCCGCGCCGGCCGCCGCUGCGCCCCGGCUCCGGCACUCCCCACGCACCUCCCUGCCCGGCCGCCGGCCCCCGAGCCCGGGCCGUGGGGCACAAACUCUUCCCGGGGAAGAUAAAUUCCUUUUUUAUACACGGUCGAGUGUCACUGUCCCCUGCUCCAGAGCCCCCUUCCUGGGGGAUGCUGCUGCUUCCCCGGCUCCACGGGGAGGGCUGGGGCUUGUGGACCCCCCCUUGUCCCCCGGUUUUGGUCCCUUGGGGCAGUGGGGGGCCAGAAGCCCCCGGGCACGGCCCCCCCGUACCCUGGUCUGUGUUUACAUGCCCAGCUCCCUGCAGUUUACAGCCCCGUUCCCUGCCUGCCAGGAGGCUCUGCCUGCCGCACAGGGACUGUCCCCAGGGGAGCCCAGCAGGGAUCCCCUGACUCCCAGGUGGGCAGCAGAGACCUCGAGCAGCCCGAGGAGGGGCACGCUGGGGGGUCACAGGUGGCCUUUUUCUCUUAGUGGCUUCUCCAAGGGCUAUUCUCCAGGUUGGGCUCUGUGCCUGCUGCUCCUUUCUGACACUAAUUCCUGCCACGGGGUGGGUUUGGGAUGUUUGGCUGUGGAAUUACACACCGGCUCCUGCUCCUGGUCCAUGUUGGUGCUGGGGGGGGGCAGAUGGGGCUGCCCCAGCCCCCUCCUGCCCCAGGCUGGGCUGCCCCACCCUGGGGGUCUCACUGUGCCAAAUCCCCUCUGGGCUCUGAGCCUGGCCUCGUCCUGCCGGGGGCUGGGGUGACGCCGGCUGUGUCCCCUGGCCCGUGGUGGCUGUUCCCACGGGGCUCAGCUGGCCCCUGCCCCUCUCCUUUUGGGGACCUGUGGCCCCCCCGGGCUCUCCUGCGGUACGUGUGUGGCUGGGGGGGUUUGGGCUCUGUUGCUGCCGGCCGAGGCCGGGGCUGUAGCGUCCCUGGUAGAACCUCCCCCCCAACCUCAUCUUUUUUUUUUUUUUUUUUUUUUUUGGUAAGAUGAAUUUAGCAUUGUUUAGUUAUUAAAAAUACUGGUUUUUAAUAUUGAGAAUAAAGCAUUUAAUAUCAACUGUCUGGG